UCUCCUCCUUUCCUCCCUUCUUCUCCUCCACGACCUUUUCCUUCUGCAAAGUUUCAACCUUUCCUCUUCGUUUCUUCUUCUUAGCUUCCCCUGACAGAGAGCACGCAGCUGACGAAGAAACCCAGAAGGAGGCAAAAGCAGCUUCGUUGAUUCAUUGAUGUCUGUGUCACGAACACCUCCGCGCGGUCGAUGAUUGGGGUUCUUCGGACCAUGAACCCGCUUCGGGAGCUUCUCCUCUCGUCGCCGGUUUCCUAAUCGGGAAAACAUGGGCAUCAACAAAGGCGGCGCCUUUACUCUGGUGCCGGAGCUCCCGGUCGUCCCCCAUCUAGCUCUGAGAAGGAAGCAGCUCCCCACGCGCUUCUCUGUUCGCUCCUAUUUCGGGGAAACAUUUCCCGUAUCGUCAUCUUGUCGAUGGAGAAACGUAGAAACUCACUGUGAGAAUAUUAAUAAUGGCCAUGGCAUACAGCACCCAGCUGUUUCGAAGAGUGAUACUUCGGGCAGAAUGCCUCAGCUCUCUUUUAACCGGUUACAGCUCAGUGAUGAGGAGUGCAGUGGUUUGCUGAGGCGAAACUUUGGUCGGUUUGUUGCCCGUGAGGCGGUUUUAGAUGAAGAGUACUGGACAGCGGCAUGGUUGCGAGCUGAAGCUCAUUGGGAGUCUAUGUCCUACAUGAGGCACAUUGAUAAUUAUAAGAGGAAAUAUGCUGAACAGGAGUUUUAUGCUUUGAAAAGAAGAUGUCUUGGACAGGAUAGGAAUUCACUAAAGUGUUUUUGUUUCGUCACGGUCAAAAAGGAAGACAAGAAUAUCAGAAGAACGGUUUUAAACAGUGUUGUGGGGACUCUUGAUCUAAGCAUCAAGCAGUAUCUGAAAGGAGAAACUUACCCUGGAGAGCUUAGAAAGGUCUCUGCAGUUUUCGCAAAUCAGGAGCCCUUUGACGCGCAUAAGUACGCGUACAUAGCAAAUGUUUGUGUCUCAAAGUUUACUCGCUGUCAGGGCAUUGCAUCUAAUAUGAUUAAUCUAGCCAUGGAGGUUGCUUCCUUAGCAGGUAUGAAGGAGUUGUUUGUUCAUGUUAAUGCAGACAACACGAUUGCUCAGAAAUUGUACCAGAAAACUGGCUUUCAGAUUGUUGAUGCUGCGUCAUCUCCGUCAUCUAAAGAUCAAAGGCUUUUGAUGUCAGUGGAACUGUGAAGAGCCCAUCACCUGGAGGGAGAGGGAAGUAUUACGAAGAUAGCAAUGUAUACUCACCUAAAACUCAACAUUGCUUGUUUUCGUGUGGCUCAGUUUUCACGGAUGUAAAUAUGAAUAUGAUUUUUUGAAAGUAGAAAUGUGAUGUGUCCACGACCCGAACGAAUAGAUGAUUUGUAUUGUCAAAUGUAGACGUCAAUGGCUUUAAUGUGAUGCAACUGCUUUCCUCC